AUGUCGCUGGCGUUCGACGAGUUCGGCAGGCCCUUCAUUAUUAUCAGGGAGCAAGAGACCAAGUCGCGGGUCAAGGGAAUUGAGGCCGUGAAAAGCAACAUCCAGGCGGCCAAGGCGGUCUCCAGGAUUCUGCGCACGUCGCUGGGGCCCAAGGGCAUGGACAAGCUCCUGCAGGGGCCGGACGGCGACAUUGUGAUCACCAACGAUGGAGCCACCAUCCUGGAGCAGAUGGAGGUGGAGAACCAGAUAGGCAAGCUGCUGGUGGAGCUGAGCAAAUCUCAAGACCACGAGAUCGGUGACGGCACCACCGGCGUCACGGUGCUGGCGGGUGCGCUGCUGGAGCAGGCUGAGGACCUGUUGGACCGAGGCAUCCACCCGCUGCGCAUCGCAGAGGGCUACGAGAUGGCCUGCAAGGUGGCGCUCAAGCGGCUGGACGAGAUUGCGGCCACCUUUCCUUACAGCGCCGACAACCACGAGGAGCUGGUGAAGACGUGUAUGACCACCCUGUCCUCCAAGAUCGUGGGGCGGCACAAGCGGGAGCUUGCUGAGAUGUGCGUCAGCGCGGUGAUGUCUGUUGGGGACCUGGAGCGGCGGGACGUGAACCUGGACCUCAUCAAGCUGGACGGCAAGGUUGGGGGGCGGCUGGAGGACACGGCGCUGGUGAACGGGAUUGUGCUGGACAAAGACAUGAGCCACCCGCAGAUGCCCAAGGAGCUGGAGGAUGUGAAGAUCGCCAUCCUGACCUGCCCCUUUGAGCCGCCCAAGCCCAAGACCAAGCACAAGGUGGACAUCUCGAAUGUGGAGCAGUUUGAGUCGCUGCGCCAGCAGGAGCAGGAGUACUUCCGGGAGAUGGUGAAGCUGUGCAAGGAUAGCGGCGCCACGCUCAUCAUCUGCCAGUGGGGCUUUGACGAUGAGGCCAACCACCUCCUUAUGCACAACGACCUGCCCGCGGUGCGCUGGGUGGGUGGGGUGGAGAUUGAGCUGCUGGCGCUGGCCACGGGGGCGCGCAUCGUGCCGCGGUUCCAGGAGCUCAACGCCUCCAAGCUGGGCUACGCCAAGAGCGUGCGGGAGAUCAGCUUUGGCACCACCCGCGACCGCAUGCUGCUGAUUGAGGGCACGCCCCACUCGCGCGCCGUCACCAUCUUUGUGCGCGGCGGCAACAAGAUGAUGAUUGAGGAGACCAAGCGCAGCCUGCACGACGCGCUGUGCGUGGCGCGCAACCUGGUGCGAGACAACCGCAUCGUGUAUGGCGGCGGCGCGGCGGAGAUGGCGUGCAGCCUGGCGGUGGAGGCGGCGGCCGACGGCGUGCCGGGCGUGGAGCAGUAUGCGAUGCGCGCCUUUGCCGACGCGCUGGACAUUGUGCCGCUGAGCCUGGCCGAGAACAGCGGGCUGGCGCCCAUUGAGAGCUUGACAGAGGUGAAGACGCGGCAGAUGCAGGCGGCCAACCCGUACCUGGGCAUAGACUGCAACGACGUCGGCACCAACGACAUGCGGCAGCAGAACGUGUUUGAGACGCUCAUCGGCAAGAAGCAGCAGCUCAUGCUGGCCACGCAAGUGUGCAAGAUGAUCCUCAAGAUCGACGACGUCAUCAAGCCCAGCGAGUAUGAGUGAUGCAGGGCAUGCAGCUGUGCGUGAGAGGGCGGCAGCCCAGCUGGCCUUUAUGGCGCGGAUAGCCCUGGGUGGGCGCCCCACGACAAGCAGCCACCGCCGACAGUCAACGCUUGAAUGAGGAGUGCCCAUGCAUGCCGCCACAGCAGCUGCUCCCCGUUCCUGUUCUUCCUGAAGCUUGCAAGGUCGCACGCUGUC